CCGCUUGACCCUAUCGAUCCUUUCCAAUAGGGCGAGGAGUGCAACAAGAUGAAGCACCUUCUGCUCGCCAGCCUGCUGCAGCUCCGCAGCCGGGGCUCUGCUGCCCUUCUGCCUCUCAGUGUGUCAGGCAGCUUUUGGGGAAGACCCCAAGUUGUAGCCUUGAACCAUACAUACAGCACAAAGGGAGGAAGCACCACGAAGACAAUUGGGCGCUAUCCUGUACCUGAUAAAAAGGAUUUGCCAUCUGAUAUAGCUGAGCACAUGGAGGAAGCAGAAGUAAAGAGUGGGUUUUUGCCCAAUGCGUUAAAGGCGAUGUCUCAUCGGCCGGCAGAAUUUAGAGCCUUCUUUGCUUACCACGAUCUUAUCAUGAAUAAGGAAACAGGAAACCUAAGCAUGGCUGACAAAGAGCUCAUUGCUUUGACUACCAGUACGGUUAACCACACUCCCUACUGCAUAGCUGUACAUAGUGCUUUUCAUCGGAUGUACUCCAAGAAGCCAACCCUGGCAGAUCAGGUUAUAGUGAACUGGAAAAAGGCUGACCUGAGUGAUCGGGAACUGGCCAUGCUUGAGUUUGCACUCGUGGUCUGUCGAGGGGAGAACAUUACCGAAGAGCACUUUCAGAAGCUGGAGGAGCAUGGAUUUGAUCGAGAAGAUGCGUGGGACAUAGGUGCCAUUUCAGCCUUUUUCGCCAUGGCGAAUCGCAUAGCUCUUCUGUUAGAUAUGCGCCCAAAUCCAGAAUACUACACCAUGGGAAGAAUAUCAAGCGAAAAAGAAAAGGCCAAAUCCUCCUAACAAAGCUUGCUGGCACGAAAAUCUUUGCAAGAUCAUUGAUCUCCCAACGCUGGGGCCAAGCUUGGCCAAUUACAGACUUGGAGUCACAAGGUCCAAAUGAGAAAGUAUUGGAAGCAGUGAGAAGGGAAAUGUAUUUCACUCUCUACUGUAUCUCAAUUGAAAUGAGGUACUCAGAAGACAUAGCAAGAUUAUAAUCAAUGAUAUACUGUGAUGUAUUAAUAACUGCAGGGGUAAUGCUUGUUUCUAUUGAAUCUAGUUGGCCCAAAACAUAUCUGCUACAGCAACUCUUUUAAUGACUAGUAUUUGGAAAACAAUUUUAAUCAGAUGCUGGAAAAGGUAGUCAGGAUAAUCCUCUGUCGCGUUUCCUCUACAAAUACCAGAGAGAUUGGCUGGUGCCUAUUUUAUUAUCUUUUCUGCACCAUACCUUUUUACUAUCCGAUGAUUUUUAGGCACAGUUUUAAUCCUGAUGAUGGUUUUAUGCUGGUUUAUAAUGUUGUGCCUUUUAUUUUAUUCCUUGCAUUUUCAAUGUUUUUAAACCACCCUGGGAUAUCAUUGAAGGGCGGUAUGAAAAUACUUAGAAUAAAUAUGUAAUCUCUG